CAAGAAUCUCGUCGGAGACCAUUUAGCAUUUAAUAGGAUAUUUAAGCAGAUAUUUUUGUACUUGAAGAAUCCCUCUAACAGGUCGAGCAGAAUUCGUGUUCUUACCAGAAAGCCAACAUGAAGCAUUGGGUUGGUUUAGUAUGCUUGCUACUGCUGCUUCUCCGCAAGAGCUCAGUGCUGUUGCAGCUAUCUGUGGCGGCGGCAGCGGCGGCGUUGGGUGGCUGCUGCUUCAACGAAGGCGGCGGGAAUGUUAUCUCGUGGACUUCACCUGCUACAAACCGCCGGCGGAGCGCCAGGCUAACGCGGAGUUGAGUAUUUACUUUUCAAUAAGUACAGAGCCUACCAUUCCAGAAAACCUCAAAUUCCAGUGGAGAUUAUUUCUGCGCUCCGGGGUGGGGGAACAGACAUCGUUGUCGCGCUUCUUUUUCAACGACGGAAUGGUGGCCACCAUGGAGGAAGCGCGAGUGGAAAUGGAAGAGUGCUUCAUCGCAACGGCAGACGAGCUCUUUGCCAGGACAGGUGUCACGCCGCAAGACAUCGAUAUAGUCAUCGUAAUGGUCUCCACCUUCACGGCGGCGCCCUCGCACGCCGCCGUUAUAGCGAACCACUAUAACGGCGUUUUAGCGGUGAAGACGUUUAAUCUUUCCGGCAUGGGCUGCAGCGCCGGCGUUUUAGCGGUGAACAUGGCCAAAGAUAUGUUGCUCGUAAAUCCGGACUCGUACGUUCUCAUCCUCUCCACCGAGAACAUGACCGUCAAUUCAAUCUACCCCGGCAACGACAGAAGCUUCAUGCUCACCAACUCGCUCUUCCGAGUUGGCGGCGCCGCCUUGCUUCUCUCCAGCAAACCCCAAGACGCCGGGCGAGCCAAAUUGCGGCUUCUCCAAUCGCUUCGGACAAAUCUCGCCGCCGACGAUGAGGCCUACGAUUCCGUAUUUAUGACAGAAGACGACGACGGCGUCUACGGCCUCCGUCUUCGCCCUUCCCUAUACAGCGUUGCUGCCAAGGCCGUGGCUAACAACUUAGCCACGCUCGGCCCCAAAGUCCUUCCAUUGCGGGAGCAGCUCUGCUACGCCUACAAUUGGCUCUGCAUAAAGCUUUUCAAAAUUAACGUGGAGCCCUAUAUUCCCAACUUCAAGCUGGCGUUCCAGCAUUUUUGCAUCCACCCGGGCGGACGCGCCGUUAUAAGUGGAAUCGGGAAAAGCCUGAAGCUGAGUGACGACGACCUGGAGGCGUCGCGCAUGGCGCUGUUUCGGUUCGGCAACACGUCCUCGAGCGGCGUGUGGUACGAAAUGGCGUACUUGUAUGCAAAAGGGCGGCUCAAGGUGGGCGAGCGCGUGCUGCAGAUUGCGUUGGGGUCGGGGUUCAAAUGCAACACCGCCGUUUGGGAAGUGGUGAGAGAGAAGCAUCCUUUGGAGAGAAGCUGCUGGGACGAGUGCCUUCACAGGUAUCCCUGCGAUACAAAGAAGAAUUACACGGAUGAUUUCUGUGACCAGUGGUUAAGUCGUGUCACCCCUAUGCAACCUACUUCCAACGACUUGGACACCAACACUACCUGAUUGCGCCGACAUAUAUCUCAUUCAAAUGCUCCUACUAUUUCAAUUUGGUAUAAAUCUACUAUUUUGCUAUGGAACGUUCCUCCCUUGUACUCUUUCUUUUAUGCUUUGUUUCCUUCCGAGGCCCCUUCAAUGGAAAAGAAGGGACCGGUUAUAUAAUGUAGUAAAUUUGAUUUAAGCAAUUGCUAGGGCCAACGGGAUAGAGGUAUCUCGCUAUCCAGCUAAUAGGAUUGCGCCAACUAGUGUAGUUAAUAUUAUAUUUAUUUUUUAUGGAGAAUUUUGAAACAUUUUAUGAUGUUAG